AUGGAAAUCAUUGCUAAUCUCCGGCUAUGUUUACAGCCUACUGAUCUCGCAACACAACUGAACGGGCUAUCGCCUCCUAUGAAGAAAGAAGCUGAUAGUAGCGCGGUCACUUUCGUGUCAACGCUAGCACACCGUGCGCAAUCUUUGAGCCCACAAAAGCAGAAGCAAAAAUCUUUGUUACAAGCGGGCUUCAAUCUCUCAACAGAUUCGGAUUCCUCGUCCUCGGCUUACCAGCAUAGCCCCUACCAUAGCGGCAGAGACAAGGAGCGCUCCUUUCGUGUCGUGUCUUCCGCUAUCCCUCAAAAGCGCAAGAGCCAAAGCGCUGAGGGAUCGGAUUUGAAUGACUCGUCCGACGAUGAUUCAUCCCAGCCAUUCAUCAUUCAGAAUGGUAUUGGUUCUUCAUCCAAACCCCAGAGUUUCAGCUCGUUUGAGAAGAAGCCCGCGAUUGUACCAAAAACCCCUAGUCCACAACCUCAAUUUCCACCCCCAGACUCUGUCAGCGUUGUGAUCCCGUCUCCCUCAGCUGCCCAGAGGAGGCAGAUGCAACCUGAAUACAAGGGCAUCUGCGAGCGAUACUUCCCGACUGGCCAAGAAGAGAGACUCAAGGCCCAGCACCGGGCGUACCCGAUCACCACAUCCAAUGGUCCCAAGGUCAACAAGAAGGUCGUUCCUUUUACCGUGACGAAGCCGACUGAGAAGGAGAUCGGGCUUAAGAAGCCAGGGAACUCCCUCCUUUUACAGAGAAGCGGCAUUCCUUCUCACGCGUCUGCCUCCAGCCCAGCCACCACAGAACCAAUCACCCAGGCUUCCAUUGCAAGAUUUCUUCGCAGGAAGCUCCGCAAGAAGCUAAAGCGAACUUGUGGCGGUCCAGACACUGUAUUCGAUAUUGACGACGAAAGGCUCGCGGACUUGUCUGCAAACUUUUUCUUCGUCAGCGAGUAUCGUCUCGGCCCCGGUGUGUCACCCGUUGGCGAUGAUUUUCUUGCCGGCUGCGACUGCGGCACGACGUGUGAUCCAAGAACGUGCACCUGUCUGAUCGAUGAGGAGGAUUCGAAUGAGUUGAUCGUAGCAUAUGAACGGUUAGAAUCCGGCAAAGUCGUCCUUCGAAAGGACUUUUUGGAUCGCAAGGCCAUGAUCUCCGAGUGCAGCUCCCGGUGUCUGUGUGCGAAGAGCGAUUGCUGGAACCAUGUUAUCCAGCGCGGUCGUCAGGUCCGCCUGGAGGUCUUUGAUACCGGCGAGCGUGGCCUCGGCCUGCGAUGCCUGGAGCCUGUCAUCAUGGGCCAAUUCAUCGAUUGCUACUUCGGCGAGGUCAUUACGAAGAAAGACGCCGAUGCUCGCGAGUCCGCGAAUGAGAAUCAGCCCUCGUACCUCUUCAGCUUGGACUGGCUGAUCGGCAAUGGUGAUCAUACCUAUGAGGAUAGCUAUGUCGUCGACGGACAGAAGUUCGGCGCAGCUACGAGAUUUAUCAAUCACUCUUGCAACCCUAAUUGCAAGAUUAUCCCCGUUUCGAUCAAUCGUCUUACAGACCAGCGACUGUACUACCUCGCCUUCUUUGCAAUUCGCGAUAUCCCCGCCAAUACCGAGCUGACAUUUGAUUACCACCCGAACUGGGAUGGAUCCAAGCAAGUCGACCCCAAUGCGGUGAAAUGUCUCUGUGGCGAGAAGGACUGCCGAGGCCAACUGUGGCCUAAUACUCGCAAGAAAGGCAACAACUACGAAUGA